UAUCCGCGGAUCAAACACGACUCGGAGUAACUCUGUCUCUCUGUCUCUCUGUCUCUCUCAUGCGUUCACAUAAAAUUCCCCCGAAACCCUAACUAAACUCCACAGAGAGCACAGGCUGUCUCUAGCACACACAAAUCACUACCAAUGGACGAUGGGGACGGUGUCCUGAGCUUCGAUUUCGAGGGCGGCCUCGACGCGGGCCCCACCAUCCCCACGGCAUCCGUACCCGUAGUCCACUCCGACGCAGUCGGUGGCGGCGGGACCGCCAAUAACGCCGCCGCCGCCGCAGCAGCGCCAGCAGGUGGCGCCGAUCCCGCUGCGGCGGCGGGGGGAAACCAUUCGGGGCGGCGGAGCUUCAGACAGACGGUUUGCCGGCACUGGCUCCGGAGCCUGUGUAUGAAGGGCGACGCCUGCGGGUUCCUCCACCAGUACGACAAGGCCCGGAUGCCGGUCUGCCGAUUCUUCCGCCUCUACGGCGAGUGCCGCGAGCAGGAUUGCGUUUACAAGCACACCAAUGAGGAUAUCAAGGAGUGUAACAUGUACAAGUUGGGAUUUUGUCCAAAUGGCCCUGAUUGUCGGUAUAGGCAUGCAAAGCUGCCUGGACCUCCACCUCCUGUGGAAGAAGUCCUUCAGAGAAUUCAGCAGAUGACUUCUUACAACUAUGGCAACUCCAACAGGUUUUUUCAAAACCGAAAUGGUAAUUAUCCUCAACAAACAGAAAAAAAUCAGUUUACUCAAGGUCCAAAUGCUGCUAAUCAAGGCACAGCUGCAAAAUCUUCUACAACGGAGUCCCUCAAUAUACAGCCGCAGCAACAAGGUCAACAGUCCGAACAACAGGGCAACCAGACCCAAGUACAAAAUCUUGCCAAUGGCCAGCAAAAUCAGGGGAAUAGAACUGCUACGCCGCUUCCUCAAGGAAUAUCUAGGUAUUUUAUUGUGAAAAGUUGCAAUCGUGAAAAUUUAGAAUUAUCGGUACAACAAGGAGUAUGGGCAACUCAGCGAAGCAAUGAGGCUAAACUCAAUGAAGCUUUUGAUUCUGUGGAAAAUGUUAUCUUGAUAUUUUCAGUCAACCGGACUCGACAUUUCCAGGGUUGUGCAAAAAUGUCAUCUAAAAUUGGUGGCUCCAUUGGUGGAGGGAAUUGGAAGUAUGCACAUGGAUCUGCACAUUAUGGGCGGAAUUUCUCUGUGAAAUGGCUAAAGUUAUGUGAAUUGUCUUUUCACAAAACUCGUUAUUUGAGGAACCCUUACAAUGAGAAUCUGCCGGUGAAGAUUAGCAGAGAUUGUCAGGAGCUAGAGCCUUCUAUUGGUGAGCAGUUGGCUUCUAUGCUCUACCUUGAGCCUGACAGUGAACUUAUGGCAAUCUCACUUGCAGCAGAAUCAAAGCGAGAGGAGGAAAAGGCCAAGGGUGUGGUCAAUCCAGACAAUGGGACUGAAAACCCAGAUAUUGUCCCAUUUGAGGACAACGAAGAGGAGGAAGAAGAAGAAGAAGAAGAAAGUGAGGAGGAGGAGGAAAGCUAUGGCCCAGGUUUCGCAGCACAAGGCAGGGGAGGAAGGGGAAGGGGAAUGCCGUGGCCCCCUCAUAUGCCUCUUGCACGUGGAGCCAGGCCUUUUCCCGGGAUGCGGGGCUUUCCGCCUGUCAUGAUGAGUGCUGAUGGAUUUCCUUACGGGGCUGUCACACCUGAUAAUUUUCCGAUGCCCGACCUUUUCGGCAUGGGCCCUCGCCCUUUUGACCCGUUCGGUCCGAGGUUCCCCACCGGUUUCGUGGGUCCUGCAUCUGGCAUGAUGUUUCACAACCGACCGAUGGGUGGGGGAUUCGGGAUGAUGAUGGGUCCCACCGGACGAGCACCUUUCAUGGGCGGGAUGGGCGUUGGAGCUGCGGGCCCACCAAGAUCAGGCCGCCCUGUGGGUAUGCCCCAGAUGUUUCAGCCGCCUCUGUCACAGCCCAUGCAGAAUAUGAACCAUCCAAUAAGGAGGGAUCAGAGAGGACCUGCUACUGAUAAGAAUGAACGAUACAGAGACGGUCAUGAGAUGUCUGCUUCAGGAACGGAUGGCGAAACACUAUAUAAGCAAGGAGGGAAACCACAAGAAGAUCGAGGUGGAAAUGACUUACGGAAUGAUGAGAGCGAAAGUGAGGAUGAGGCACCGAGAAGGUCAAGACAUGGGGAGGGAAAGAAGAAGAGGCGUGGUUUGGAGGCAGAUGCUACUACUGGCUCUGAUCAAUAACUGUAGUGAUGCAUUAACAACUUUCCCAAUUAUCAUUCCUUCUGGAGUUAUAAUGUUGUGUAAUUGUGAAGGUUGGGGAAGAGAGGAGAAUUUGGGCGGAAAAUUCUAGGUUUUUAACGAUGGCUCUUGGGUUGAGAUUUUCAAUUAUGUUGCCCAGUGCAAGAAACCAAAGGGAUACGAGGGAUUUGAUUAGUUCGUAGUUUCUACUGUAUUAUUAUUGUACAUGGGUUGUUUCUCUAGCUCUUUUAUGGGGGCAUGUAAUUUACCCUGUGCCCCGAAAUUAAACUACACUAAUGCUGAUAAUGGGGACCAGUAAAAUUGCUGGGGAUGUAUGUGGGCGUUGCAGUGAGGAUGAUAUACCACUUGAUUAAAGGAAACUAUACUUUCAGUCUA